UAUGGAUGGAAAGAAACUCCUUCUCUAUCAAAUUCUCGACAAGUUCACGGAGGCAGACGGCAGCACGCGCCUGUACGUGGGUCGAGAGUCUGUCUUCCCCGGCCCCUCAGGCUGGCCCAUCCCGCACGACGCCCCGUACAAGGCUCAGCUGGACCGCUGGAUCAUGACCAUCAUCGAGGCCGGUUUGUACGAGAAGUGGUUGACUGACAUCCUGCGGGAGACGAAACUUAAGAGUCAGCGAAGACAACAGGAGCGCCAGGCCCGGCAGGGGGGGGAGGCGAGGGCAGGGAAGGAGACGGGCGGCUCCCCUGUCCUCACCAUCAACCACACACAGGGAGCGUUUCUGCUUCUUCUGCUGGGCGCCGUCCUCGCCUCUCUCGCUUUUACAAGAGAAAUUCUCCUUCAGGCGUACUGUGAUGACUACAGCAGUGUAAAGUUUUUACAGGAAACUUUGAACUACAACAAGUAUGGCUGGGAAGUUAUUGGAGACUUCAAGAUGAUGCUCACCUCGACAACUUCAAGGAGAAUAUGGGAGCAUAUUCAGAGGAACAAGGGGAGCGCUUCCACCUAG